UUCACAUCAUCGAUAUUUGGUUCAAGGAGGAAAAAAGUGUUGUCACCAUGCUGGUUUAUCUGAUGUCUGUUGGACUGAUGUGUGGAUUAGCGUCAUCCGAAGCGGCCGUUAACGGUAUAAAACCUUCCAACUUUCUCGGUGGUGCUGAGCAGCACGCGUCCUUCAGUUUUAUUCGUCCAGGAUUAACCCAAACUUCUUAUUCCUUCAAUGGACCGAGCUCUCAUCAGGCAUUCAGCUCGAGCAUCGGGAAUCCACACCUUGCACAGAAGGUUUUUCCAAAUGUUGCGCAAGCACUGGCAUACAGAAAUCCAGGACUCGGUUAUUUCCCAACAUCACCCGUAUCUUCCGCAUACGCAUCAUCGCCCUACGUGCCGACGAUUUCUCAACAAGCCCCCCCACAGUUUUUGCCUUAUCAACAAUCACAAUUGGAUCCGGCAACACUAGCUUACUAUCAGGCUCAACAAUUUUCCCAGAAUUCCCACUUGCAAACUCAAUCUGAGGCGUAUCAGGCGCAGCUGAAUCAGCUGUUGGCCCAACGCCAAGCGCAAUUACUUCAACUGCAGUCGCAGGGUCAAGCGACACUGCAGAACCAGCAGAUUCCUGAGCAAGCUGCAUCCCAACGCCCCCAAGAAACCCAGAAUUUACUUGGUGUAGCCUAUUCAUCAGCUCCAUCCGUUGCACAUGUUAAAGUCACUGGGAAUGGAUACAAAUUCGAUUUCUGA